CGUCACUCCGCAGUCGAAGUCGAACAGUCGGCUGGCGCGCGUGCACGCUACGUUUAGGUUAGAAUUGGCGGGGUUUUAACGCCAGGUGUUUCGCCGCCCCCGCGACCCUUCGCUACCUGACAGCUGUUUUCUCUCGGGAGAUUACUCAGAUGUUUUAAGUCACCUGACUCGAAGUAUGGCAACGGGCGGACGAACACCUAAGCAGAGAAGAUUCGACUUAUCAGCUGGGAUGGCUCUGAGGACGCUCAACACGGCGAGAAGGCGGCGUGGGAGUUGCAAGUGUCUAUUUGGUGCACCAGAUAGAGAGGAAACGAUGCGGUUAAUCGCUGAACAGUAUGGCAGAGAUAGGAAGAGGUUUAUUAAACGGUUCAAUUUUGAUAUUGAUACUGAAUGCGCUUAUAAACCCUCGAAAUUGGAUUCGCCUGUGAGGUUCCGUGAUGAUAAAGAGAAUGAAAGUCCACGGACGGGUUUGGAGGCGUUGUCGUGUGUUGAGAAUACAGAACUGCGUGUAUUGGGGUCACCAUCGCGUCGUGCGAGUGCUGGAAACUCGCCAAGGAGCCCUAGGACUCCAAGAACGCCGAAGACACCGAGAGCAUCACGGACGCCUCGAACCCCACGGACCCCGGCUUCUAGAAGACAGCUACAAAUGACAGAUUAUUGGACUCUACGGAAGCACACAGAUUCGACUUCCAGCGACAAAGAAAACUAAUUACUGUUAAUGUUGUUUAAUUUGAUAGUUUUUUUUUAUAAAUUAUUAAAGAGCAUUUAUUAAAAAUGUAAUUAAGAUUUAUACUGAAUGAAACAUUUAUAGAAAAACCCGGGGUGAACAAAAACAGACAGUUUUGCUUGCAUUAGUAAAUUCAUUAUAUUUUAUUAAGCGCAAGUUUUACCAGAGUCGGGAAUUUGUUAUAUUAAUUAUUAACGUCUGGUUAUACUUUGGCACAAACUUGACUUUAACUUUUGUGUAGCCAUCGACCUUAUUACCCAAGACGCCUAAUAAAGGGCUAACUAGCGAUUAUUUACGAUAUUAUUAGCUCACCAAUCAGCAUUCAGUACCCCGCUCCGGCUCACCUCAAUUGUUUGACUUAAUUGCUUGUAAUGCAAAUACAUACAGAUAGCGCGCGAGUUGAAUGCAGACGGGGCCUGAGGUUAAGAGCGGGAGCAUGUCCCCCCGCUGUCCGCACGCCUCGCCUCGUGCGCCUACAGUCUAGUGCUGUGCCGUCCUCGACAGUUAUCGUACGCUUACCGUGUUAUCGAUAAUACUAAAGCUGUGAUCCCUGGUUAUCGUUUUGAUUUUAAUAAUGACGGAUCCCUGUCCAUCAGGUUCAGUUCUUAAAAAAACGAGUUUUUAUUCAUCGCCAAGCAUUUUAGACGUGAGUGUUGAAAGAGACAUGGCGCUUAUUUCUGCCGUGAAGCAGUAAUGUGUGAACAUAACUGUGUUUCGGUCUGAAGGGCGCCGUAGCUAGUGAAAUUACUGGACAAAUGAGACUUAACAUUUUGUCUUAAGGUGAGGAGCGCAAUUGUCAUGCCGCUCAGAAUUUUUCAAAAAUCCUGAGCGGCACUACAUUGUAAUUGGCAAUGCGUAUCAAUUACCAUCAGCUGAACGUCAUCCUUUUCUCGUUUCUUUUUUCAUAAAUAAAGACAAAAAAAAUUGAUAUAUAAUUAUUUAUAAAAUAAUUUUUCAUUACUUUAACCUAGUGUAAAAUGGUAAACUUAAAGCAUUGUUAAAAUUUAUCGACACAUUCAAAAUUAUAGUCAAUAAUUAUUAUUGGGUCACAUCACUAUCGCAUUCCUUAACUCUGCAUUCAACUCGUGCGAUGAAAGAAGUCUUCUGGGUUAAAAGGUUGAUGUGCGUAGCGCGUGUGUUCACCUCGGUAUAUCUAUAUCAUAAGAAACUAAUAGCAAUAAUAUAGUAUAUAUUUGAUAAGUUGUUCAAAAUUAAUCUUAAUCUAACGAGGCUCUUUCUUUCGGCAUUUCAUUCGUAAAAAUUCAUUGUUAAUUUUUCUGUAUCAUAGUGAGAAUAUAACAAAGAAUUAUAUUAUUUUGUAGUAGUAUUUAAUCAAUUUAUGAUCUCUUCAGAAAAUAGUUUUAAUUUUAAGAAAAAUAUAUGACUCGCUCCAAAUGUGACAUCUUUCUAAUGGUUUCUAAUGGUAAUUAAAACGGUUGUUAGUCAUAACAUACACUGCAAUCCCCAUCAAUUAUUCUGCCGGGUCGUAUUGCGGUACACUACGCCAUAGGUAGUUCUGUGAUGCGUUACGGUUCAUAAAAUCAGGUAAGUUAUGGCACCAUUUAGUCGUCCAUCGCUUAUACAUUAAAAACUAGAAAUUUAAAUAAUGAACUAUAAAAGUUAUACAGUCUUAUAAAUUAAAUCAAUUAAACUACUUACAAAAUUGUUUAUAUUUAAUUUAUGUAUUUAUUAUCUAGUCUUACUUAAACGCAAUAAGAACUUCCUAAAAUAGAUUGUACUUAAGUAGAUGUACUAAUUCCGAGUUUAACAAAAUAAAUUAACUAUAUUUAACAGCAACAUGUGCUUAAGUUAAAAAUAAUUAAUACUUAACAUGCUUAUAUUAAAAGUUAGUAAAAUUCAAGGGUUAUGCACAACUUUCUAUGUAAGUUUUCGUUAAGUUGAAAAUUAUGUAUUGAUUUCGAAAAAAUUUUUAGUAAUUUAUGUUUCAAAAGGAGUGCAUUGUAAUAAUUCACUGUUAUCUCUUAGUAACAUACAAAUCUAGUUAUAAGGUGCAUUACCUAGAGAAUAAGUUAGUAAUCGGUUUAAAAAAAUAUAUCGAUAUGUAUGUUAUAACCAGAAAAACAUAUUAUGUAAAAUAGUUAUAUAUUACGCUUCACAAAUAAAAGGACUGGAUUAAAUCUA